CAGCAGCGGGGUGCGGGCUCAGGGAGCUGGGCCUCGACGGCCCCUCUCACCCCCGUACCCCAGGGCUGUUCCUAGUCCAGGAGGGGCUGGGGGGCCCCAUGGAGCCCAAAGUCGCCUUCCGUGGAGGUGCGAGCCGCGGCUGGAACCUCGGUGCCGACGCCAGCCGACUAACAGAUGUGUUCAACAGCGUCAUGUUGACCGGCUCCGCUCCCUUCUACGAUUGCUACAAAUCACAGAGUGAAGACAAUGUUGACCUACGACAAACCUAUACUCCACUUUCUUCAUCAGCAGAAUAUUCAAGUUCUGUAGAUUCUUCACUUUUCUAUGCACCAUGGUCCUAUGGAGAUGAUAUUAAACAGCCUUCUAAUUCUCAGAUCAGUGUAAAGAACAGGAUUCAAACAGAAAGAAAUGACUAUGGCAGUGAAACAGACUUAUAUGGACUUGUGUCUAACAUUUUAGAAGAACAAGAUAAAUCACAGCAACCAUAUUUUGCUGAGGGGACCUGCUCCUCUAAUUUAAAGUCAGUUUGGCCAAUGAACACAAGCAGAUUUGCAGAUCACCAUGACCUCUUAACAGAAACCAAAAGACCAAUAGAUACAACCAUCUCUCAGCAAGCAUUUUAUAGUAGUGAAUCUGUAUCAGCUGUGGAAAAGCAAUAUCUGCAUAAUAGUAAUCUCACGUCACAACAAAAAGUAGAUGAACUUUAUCAUGGAUUUACUGGUUUAGAACUUGAAGAACAAUGGAUGUAUCCCUCAAGAAGUGAUCAUUCUAAUUGCUACAAUAUUCAGACAAAUGAUACAGCUAAGGCAACAUUUCAAGAAUAUCCAUUUGUCAAAAACUGUUUUACACCACAAACUGGUCUGUCUGACAUCAUAAAAGAAUCAGGAGUUGAUACUUACCCUUAUGGAAGAGAGAAAAUAAGUGCUAAAGGUCUUGAGGCACAAGCACCACUACAACAAAAAAGGGCUGAGAUGUUUCUUUCCCAAUUCAGUAGAUACAAUGAAAGUGCAGAUUAUUGUAGAUAUCCAGAAUAUUCUCAUCCUAAUAAAGCUAAGCUUAAUAAGUGUUCAAAUUUUAGUGUCCAGGAUAAUAAAAAAUUAGUUAAUGGUACACCUGAAACACCAGCUGUAGAAGCAGACACCUAUACAAAAUUAUUUCAGGUUAAACCAUCAAAUCAGAAAAAAAUGGAAGAGACAAUAUCUGAGCAGCAGAAUUUCACAUUUCCAAAAACUACACCACAUCUGACAGAAAAACAGUUUGCAAAGGAAACAGCAUUCACCACUGAGUUUACCUUAAAAUCAGAAUAUGGACUAAAACCACACAUAGCUUGUCCUGCUAAUAAUGAUUUUGUGAAUGUCACAGAAAAGCAACAGUUUGCUAAGCCUGAUCCCCAAAAUUCUGAGUAUUUUAAAUCGGUAAAUUUAUUAUCAAGUUCAGCAGCAUCUUCAGGAAGUAUCAACUUAAACAGACCAGCUUGGAUGAAUAUCCAAACAAAAAAUAACACUCCUAUUCCAUAUAGAAAUCAAGGUAACUUGAUGAAAUUAAACAGUCAUUUAAGCGCAGCUUCAAAAGGUUCUAACCAUUCUUCAGAUUUUCCUCAACUGUCAUCCACAAAUUUAACCCCAAACAACAAUUUAUUUCAGAAGUAUUGCCAAGAAAACCCUUCAGCGUUUUCUGUUUUUGAUUUCAAUUACAAUGGUGCAGAAAGGAUUCAGUCUGUCAAUCAUAUGGAAGGACUGACAAAAGCUGGAGAAGAAAGUCUCUUUGAGUCAGUUACUGAUAAAAAAAUAAAGCAACCAAAUGGAUUUUGUGAUAACUAUUCAGCUCAGCAGUAUGGGAUCAUUGAAAAUGUAAACAAACAUAAUUUUCAAGCUAAGACCCAGAGUGGACAUUAUGACCCUGAAGAGGGUCCAAAGCAUUUAGAUGGCUUAUCUCAGAAUACAUACCAAGAUCUAUUGGAGUCACAGGGACAUUUUAAUAGCCACAGACAGGGAAGUGGAGACAACAAUAUUAACAGCCGUGUGAAUCGCACACAGGCAUCAUGCUUUUCUAAUAAUUAUAUGAUGGGAGAUUUAAGGCAUAAUCAGAGUUUUCAACAACUUGGUUCAAAUGGGUUUCCACUAAGACCCACCCACCCAUUUGGUCAUUCAGUUGUUCCACUGUUAGAUUCCUAUGAUUUGUUUUCUUAUGAUGACUUAAGUCAUUUAUACCCUUAUUUUAAUGAUAUGAUGUAUGGUGAUAAUUCCUUUUCUGGUUUCGUGCCGACUUUUGGAUUUCAAAGACCAAUUAAAACCCGUAGUGGACCAGCCAGUGAACUUCAUAUUCGUCUGGAAGAGUGCUAUGAACAAUGGAGAGCAUUAGAAAAGGAAAGAAAAAAGACUGAAUUGGCUCUUGCCAAGAAUUACCCAGGAAAAAAGGUAUCCAGUACUAAUAAUACUCCAAUUCCAAGGUUGACCUCCAACCCAUCUAGAGUUGAUCGCUUAAUUGUGGAUGAACUUCGAGAACAAGCCAGAGUUGUGACUUUACUAGGCAAAAUGGAACGUCUUCGAAGCUCUCCCCUUCAUGCUAAUAUCUCUACUGCUCUGGAUAGACACUUGGAGUCUAUUCACAUUGUACAGUCACGUAGAAAGGAUGAAAUUGUUAAUGCUUCAAACCGGCAAAGACAAGGAGUUCCUAGAUGCCAGGAUGACAGGGAUGUUUUUGCCCUUGCGUCAGCCAUUAAAGAGAUGUGUGUGGCUACUCGGAAAGCGCGCACCACCCUAUGGUGUGCACUGCAGAUGACCUUGCCAAAAACAGUCAGCACAGCUGGUCAAACAGAUGUAGAGAAGGCUUUACAAGAUAUAGUAAACUGUGAAGACAAAGUCCAUGAAAGCAUAGAUAGUAAUCUAAUGAACCAGAGAGGUGAAGCAAACAAACAUUAAGGAAAUGCCAGCAUAAAGAAGAAUUUAAAAAGCUGAUAAGUAAAUGUAUCAAGACAUGCUAAGAAAUUUUAAUGAACUUGUCAAACUUGAAACCUUCAGUACAUUAAUUUUCUUUCAAAUUUACAGUUAAUACCUUAAUGAAGUCUAACUUCUAUUUUAAAAUCUUUUAUUUGCAAUGAAUCAGAUUUAAGUUAAAGUGAACUCAAAAGUAAAAUUGACUACUCUAGGAGUUCUAGGUAGUCAAAGAGAACAAGUUUAUGUUAAUUAAAUAUUUUCUAACAGCUAAGAUAUUACUUAAACCCACUCUGCAGUGCAGGUACAUGCAAAUAUGAAAUUGUUCUAGAAGAUAAGUUUCAUUUAGGUCUGCCUUAUUAGUAAGUAUAGUUCCAAAUAAUGAAUAUAAGUGACUGUAUCCAGUUAUGGCUACAGUCUAGAAACCAAGACAAGUUGUGAUUGUGAUGUAAAAGUGUUUUCCUUAUAAAAUCUAGUAAGCAAAGGGAAACAAGGAUAAACCCAAUAUUCAUGUAAAAUUUAAUAUUUAAAAAAUACCAUAUUUAUAAAUUUGAAAUCUUAGUGCCUAAGUAUAUGGAGGGAAAUGCAUCUGAUUCUCCUAAAUUAGUGAUAGAAGUGUCAGUGUGAAAACCAUGCAAGUUACCAAGUAUAAAGCCUGUUCAAAUCAUUUGUGUAUAUUCUUUAAAAUUUUAUUAUACUAUCAAUUAUUAAAUAUUUCCAAUUUUACAGUAUUUAAAUUGAAUCAAAACAAAACAUUUCCUUAUCUGGAUUUUUUUAGACUUGAUACACAGUAACUAAAAUAAUGCCUAUUGUUUUAAUACCCUUAGUUUUACUGCCUUUUAUAAGGGUAUCACGAAGUUCUAAAGUAUAUUUUUUAGGGUUAGUCUUUUAACUAGUUUAGUUUACAGUUGGUUAGUAUAUAUUUUGUGUAGUUGUGUUCAUUAGUUUGCUUCUGUAUUUUUUUAAAGAGCUCUUGAAAGCUUGGCUUUUUUGUUUCUCAUCAUUUAAUAUCUUUGUAUGGAACCUGAGUAAUUUAUUCAUUAAUAUGAAAUGUUGGUAUUAUGUGACUCAGAAGAUCUUGGGUUUUAACAUUUCUAGCAUGAGUUGAACUAUAAUGUACUGAUGAAAUUUAAUUGAACUAUCCUUGACUAGAAGCACUGAGGUUUUAAGUUGGUGCUUUUCCUAGUUUUAGAAAUCCUGGUUAUUAAAGAGUGUAAUCACCACAUAAAUUUUUUUUAGAUGAUGUGCGGAAGAAACUGAUUGAGAAUGCAAGAGUAACUGUAGGGAGAAACACUUUGAUCAUUGAUAUAGCUUAGAACUACCAAAAUGAAUUACAUUGAGGGUAGUGAAAUAAAAUAGAUCACCCCACCAGUCUCUGCAUAGAAAGUAGUUAAGUUUGACAUAAGACAUGUUGGAUGUUAUGAAAACAAAUACUGUACUGAAUUUAGUCUCAAAAAAAAUAAAUUAAUUUCUUUGUUGAAAA